GUGAGGGGAAAGGGGGAGCUGGCACAAAACCCCUCCGUCACCAAGUCCACCACCAUGGCCUGGCUGUGGCUCCAUCUCUGCAUCUGCCUCCAGAUCCCAGGUUUUUAUGCAAAUCUACUUUUAACCCAAACUCCAGAGCAUAUUUUAACCCAAACUAACAACAAAACAGAAAUCCUCUGCGAGCUGAAGAAGGAGCACACCGGGGUGUACUGGUACCGCUGGAGCCAGGAGAGGCAACAUUUCGAGUUCUUGGUAUUUUCCAACACGCUGGGCAAAGCUACAUACGGUGCAAACGUGAGCCAGGACAARUUUAGUGUCCAGGAGGCGAGGUCCCAGAGCUCCUACAGCUUGCACAUCAGCCACCUCCAUCCCUCAGACAGUGGCACCUACUACUGCUCYGUGUCCCACUCCUCCCAGCUCCUCCUGGGCAGCGGGACACGGCUCAGCGUGGUUGAUGCUUUGCCUCUGCCUCCAAAAACCACGCAGGCACCGGUUACCAAAAACCCUGUUCCACGGAUAACCAAAAGCAAAGCUGCCAGCAGGAAAGGUCCCUGCAGUCCCCUGGUCUGGAUCCCACUGGCYGCUGGUGUCCUGCUCCUCCUGCUGGGCCUGGUGUCCACUGCCCUUCACCUCUACCGUGAGUGUCCUGCCAGCACUCGGGGUACCAGCCCCUGGGACAGCCCUGGAAUGGGAGUGAGCUGGGAGGGCACCCUGGGACUGAUGGACACUGUCUCUCUCCAGGUCUACGGCGGAGGCUGUGGCUUCGCAUCCACAGGCAGUAAAUCCCAGUAAAUCCCAGUAAAUCCCACCAGACCAUGGACCCUCCCCUGCACGACGCUGAGCACGGCCUGGAUAUCACCCAGGAAGGACAUG